AUGCCAUUUCGAAAACGUAGAAAAACCUAUCCAGCUAAAACUAAGCUGGUACAAGGCCUGAAGCCUGCCACCAGUUACCCAGAUCAAUCCAGCCCAAGGCUUGCAGCCACCUCAGACUCGACCUGCCAGGCCAGUCAGAGUAGCCUCAAGGACCAGGAGGUAAACAGCAGGAAGAGGCCCAGUCAGUACUGCCCACUGCCACAGCCUGCACUGGCCAAAGCCGCGCCGAAGCGCAAGAGGCAGUUCAGUUCCGCAACCUUCGCUUCCAACUACUCAGUUGGAGAGCUGCUGGGGUCUGGAGGGUUCGGAUCGGUCUAUGCAGGAAUAAGGAAGUCGGAUGGACAAGAGGUGGCCAUAAAGUACAUCCACAAGACUAAAGCAAAAAAACACAUUAUCAUGCAUGGUGGCAGGCGUCUUCCUCUAGAGGUCGCCCUGAUGACUAUGGUCUCUCAGCCGUCAUCAUGCGUUAAUGUCCUGAAGCUGCUGGACUGGUUUGAAGAGCCUCUUCAUUACAUUCUGGUCUUGGAGCGACCCAGUCCCUGUUCCGACCUCCUUGAUUUCAUCAGGAUUUUUGAUGGUCGGUUGUCAGAGAUUCAAGCCAGGCAGAUCAUGAGGCAGGUUGUUGAAGCCCUGAUUCACUGCCGCGAUUGUGGUGUUUUCCACCGCGACGUGAAAUCAGAAAACAUCCUGGUCAACCUCAUCGAUUGGACAGUGAAACUGAUAGACUUUGGCUGUGGGGAUCUCUACCAAUACAGCCCCUAUUAUCACUUUGCUGGCACCUACUGUCCACCCGAGUAUUUCCUGAAUGGGAGCUACGAGGCUUGCCAUGCCACCACAUGGUCUCUGGGAGUGCUACUCUCUGAACUGGUAUGUGGUGACUUGCCAUUUAACAGCAAAGGAGAGACCAUUCUUGACCAGCCAGGGUUUACUGCGGGUCUGUCCAAAGCUAAAACUAAGCUGGUACAAGGCCUGAAGCCUGCCACCAGUUACCCAGAUCAAUCCAGCCCAAGGCUUGCGGCCACCUCAGACUCGACCUGCCAGGCCAGUCAGAGUAGCCUCAAGGACCAGGAGGUAAACAGCAGGAAGAGGCCCAGUCAGUACUGCCCACUGCCACAGCCUGCACUGGCCAAAGCCGUGCCGAAGCGCAAGAGGCAGUUCAGUUCCGCAACCUUCGCUUCCAGCUACUCAGUUGGAGAGCUGCUGGGGUCUGGAGGGUUCGGAUCGGUCUAUGCAGGAAUAAGGAAGUCGGAUGGACAAGAGGUGGCCAUAAAGUACAUCCACAAGACUAAAGCAAAAAAAUACAUUAUCAUGCAUGGUGGCAGGCGUCUUCCUCUAGAGGUCGCCCUGAUGACUAUGGUCUCUCAGCCGUCAUCAUGCGUUAAUGUCCUGAAGCUGCUGGACUGGUUUGAAGAGCCUCUUCAUUACAUUCUGGUCUUGGAGCGACCCAGUCCCUGUUCCGACCUCCUUGAUUUCAUCAGGAUUUUUGAUGGACGGUUGUCAGAGAUUCAAGCCAGGCAGAUCAUGAGGCAGGUUGUUGAAGCCCUGAUUCACUGCCGCGAUUGUGGUGUUUUCCACCGCGACGUGAAAUCAGAAAACAUCCUGGUCAACCUCAUCGAUUGGACAGUGAAACUGAUAGACUUUGGCUGUGGGGAUCUCUACCAAUACAGCCCCUAUUAUCACUUUGCUGGCACCUACUGUCCACCCGAGUAUUUCCUGAAUGGGAGCUACGAGGCUUGCCAUGCCACCACAUGGUCUCUGGGAGUGCUACUCUCUGAACUGGUAUGUGGUGACUUGCCAUUUAACAGCAAAGGAGAGACCAUUCUUGACCAGCCAGGGUUUACUGCGGGUCUGUCCAAAGAGUGCAUUGACCUCCUCAAUUGGUGUAUGUGCACGGACCCCGAUGACAGACCAGACCUAGAGGACAUUCUAACACACGACUGGCUGUCAGGACCAAACUUCUUUUAA